UUAUUUUAAUGAUUGUCACCUAGUAACCCCCGGUUCCGUUUUGUAAAACGUCCCCUCUUAAUCUUUUAUCUGUUCUAUUAGUAGUAGCCAUAUUUUUUUAACUUAAGCUUUCCAUUUCAGAAAAGAGAAGAGACUCUAAUAAAUCGUGAUAGAUACAUUGGGCAUCCAUCUACUUUUUGAGCUGUUUUUAGAUACCUGUCGGCUGGGAUUUAUUUACACUUUCUCACUUGGGUCAGAAAAAGCCCCGGCGGCGAGUGACUGUUUCCAUGGAAACCUACACAGGAACCAUGGAGUUCCUAGACUGGAGUUGCCAUGACGUCGCGUGCUGGAUCGAAUCUUUAGGAUACCCUCAGUAUAAAGAGUGUUUCACGGACAACUUCAUCACGGGCAGGAAGCUGAUUUUUGUAAACUGUCGCUACCUUCCAAGAAUGGGAAUCACCGACUUUAAAGACAUGCAGGUCAUCGCUGCCCACGUGCACGCCCUCCUGGGAACAUCCGAGGUCCGCUGGACCCGAGGCCUUAACCAGACCCCCAGGGACGACAUGGCAGCCUUCCUGGGGGUCAAGAGCCGGACGGGCCAGGGGACCAACGGCCUCACCUACAAGCGCUUCCUGCUGGACCGCCGUCCGUGACGGACGUGGUCCCGUGCCGCACGAGAGCGAUUGAAACGCCAAAGAAAAGUCGAUCCCUCACGUGGCAAUUAAAAGGAGAACAGUCAGCGACGAGGAGACGGAGAGUGUUGUGAUGGUGUGUCCGUGUCUUGUCUCCGCCGACGGCUGUGACAGUCGGAGGGUAUUCGUAGUUAUUUGCGUUGAUACGUAGGCAUUACAAAGAGCGCUUGUCGUCGUAACAAGGAUCAUUACGGGAGCCGACAGCGGCUCAGCUCUGCUCAUUCAUCCCCUUUCCAGUUUUAAUGCAAACAUGAACGACAACCGUGUAGGAACAGCCAUUCUCUUUAUAACUUAGUUUGCCUAUUAAGAACCCUGUUUCAUGGGCCCUGCGAGUCGGAGCCUCGAGGCCCCUGCGUUUGAAAUACUUUAUACAAGAACGCGGGAAAUAAGUGAGCAAAGCAUUGUUAUGGACGACACUAGCUAGCCACCGGACCAUUAAAGAGACUGAAUGGUGUGUUUCCGAGGGGGGGGCCGCACCAUCUAGUCCCCCCCCAUGGAUGGGCUGUAAAUGUUCAAAAGCACUCGCACAAUAGCUGUGUGCCCAUUGAUCUCGAGCGCGGUGCCGGUCACCAAAUUGAGCUAUCGAUCGGGGGAAACAAAUCCUAGGGGAAAUUCUGCCUCUUGACAACUAACACCUAUUAUAAAGUGUGUGAGGAGACACAGGAGCGCUGCGGGGGCACCAUUGUUCUCCGGGAAGACAAGAACAGGACCGACUGCGCGGGUAUCUCUUCCCAGAUGGGCUGUGGCGGACCUUGUUCUGGACUCGGGGGCCAUCCGUCACAGCCUUGUGCGCAUCCGGCCUUAAAGCCAGGCACUAUGCGUGACCCUCUCUGGUGGAUUAGUGAUGCGCAUAUAAGGGCCUAGAUCUGUGCAAUUUAGGCCAACUCUAUAGGUUUAGUACUUGAACUCUCCAAAAGGUCUUCUGGGAUUAUUGAGGAAUGCCCAACAGAUAGAGCGAUUUUUGUUUGUUUUUAAGGAAUUCUGCGUUACAUCAAUAAACUCAUCAUUUUGA